GAACGGAUAUAUCGAACAUUCUCCUUUAAGGAGAAGGUCAGAGAAAACGGAAACAUGAAGAUCUGGAGUACAGAACAUGUUUUCAGCUACCCGUGGGAGACGGUGAUCAAGGCGGCGAUGAGGAAGUACCCUAACCCCAUGAACCCUAACGUGGUGGGAGUGGAUGUGUUGGACAGGAACCUGGACACUGAUGGACGGCUCCACAGCCACAGACUCCUCAGCACCGAGUGGGGCCUGCCCGGCAUCGUACGAGCGAUCUUGGGGACCGGUCAUACCCGGACGUACGUCAAGGAGCACUCCAUCGUAGAUCCUGAGGAGAAAAAGAUGGAGCUUUAUUCAACAAAUAUAACUCUAACCAAUCUGGUGUCGGUGGAUGAAAGACUGGUUUACAGACCUCAUCCAGACAACCCAGAGGUUACUGUUCUGACCCAGGAGGCUAUCAUCACAGUAAAAGGAGUCAGUUUGAGCAGUUACCUGGAGGGAAUGAUGGCCCGCAGAAUGUCAGCUAACGCCAGAAAGGGUUGGGACGCUAUAGAGUGGAUCAUUCAGAACUCUGAAAGGGAGAACGUUCCUCUAUGUGAGCUGUACUGACUCUGGAAGGGCCAAUCAGAGGACUGUGUAGAUUACAUGAUCAGGGACUAUAUCAUCCUACACCAAGCAGCCAGCCCAGCCACACCUCCCACAUGGCAGCCAGCCCAGCCACACCUCCCACAUGGCAGCCAGCCCAGCCACACCUUCCACAUGGCAGCCAGCCCAGCCACACCUCCCACAUGGCAGCCAGCCCAGCCACACCUCCCACAUGGCAGCCAGCCCAGCCACACCUCCCACAUGGCAACCAGCCCAGCCACACCUCCCACAUGGCAGCCAGCCCAGCCACACCUCCCACAUGGCAGCCAGCCCUGCCACACCUCCCACAUGGCAGCUGGGAAUCAGAACACUCCCUGGUGACCAGACUACAUAGAGGACAUCACAACACUCCCUGGUGACCAGACUUCAUAGAGGACAUCACAACACUCCCUGGUGACCAGACUUCAUAGAGGACAUCACAACACUCCCUGGUGACCAGACUUCAUAGAGGACAUCACAACACUCCCUGGUGACCAGACUACAUAGAGGACAUCACAACACUCCCUGGUGACCAGACUACAUAGAGGACAUCACAACACUCCCUGGUGACCAGACUACAUAGAGGACAUCACAACACUCCCUGGUGACCAGACUUCAUAGAGGACAUCACAACACUCCCUGGUGACCAGACUACAUAGAGGACAUCACAACACUCCCUGGUGACCAGACUUCAUAGAGGACAUCACAACACUCCCUGGUGACCAGACUUCAUAGAGGACAUCACAACACUCCCUGGUGACCAGACUUCAUAGAGGACAUCACAACACUCCCUGGUGACCAGACUUCAUAGAGGACAUCACAACACUCCCUGGUGACCAGACUUCAUAGAGGACAUCACAACACUCCCUGGUGACCAGACUACAUAGAGGACAUCACAACACUCCCUGGUGACCAGACAUCACAACACUCCCUGGUGACCAGACUACAUAGAGGACAUCACAACACUCCCUGGUGACCAGACUACAUAGAGGACAUCACAACACUCCCUGGUGACCAGACUACAUAGAGGACAUCACAACACUCCCUGGUGACCAGACUUCAUAGAGGACAUCACAACACUCCCUGGUGACCAGACUACAUAGAGGACAUCACAACACUCCCUGGUGACCAGACAUCACAACACUCCCUGGUGACCAGACUACAUAGAGGACAUCACAACACUCCCUGGUGACCAGACUACAUAGAGGACAUCACAACACUCCCUGGUGACCAGACUACAUAGAGGACAUCACAACACUCCCUGGUGACCAGACUUCAUAGAGGACAUCACAACACUCCCUGGUGACCAGACUUCAUAGAGGACAUCACAACACUCCCUGGUGACCAGACUUCAUAGAGGACAUCACAACACUCCCUGGUGACCAGACUACAUAGAGGACAUCACAACACUCCCUGGUGACCAGACUACAUAGAGGACAUCACAACACUCCCUGGUGACCAGACUACAUAGAGGACAUCACAACACUCCCUGGUGACCAGACUUCAUAGAGGACAUCACAACACUCCCUGGUGACCAGACUUCAUAGAGGACAUCACAACACUCCCUGGUGACCAGACUACAUAGAGGACAUCACAACACUCCCUGGUGACCAGACUACAUAGAGGACAUCACAACACUCCCUGGUGACCAGACAUCACAACACUCCCUGGUGACCAGACUACAUAGAGGACAUCACAACACUCCCUGGUGACCAGACUACAUAGAGGACAUCACAACACUCCCUGGUGACCAGACUUCAUAGAGGACAUCACAACACUCCCUGGUGACCAGACUUCAUAGAGGACAUCACAACACUCCCUGGUGACCAGACUUCAUAGAGGACAUCACAACACUCCCUGGUGACCAGACUUCAUAGAGGACAUCACAACACUCCCUGGUGACCAGACUACAUAGAGGACAUCACAACACUCCCUGGUGACCAGACUACAUAGAGGACAUCACAACACUCCCUGGUGACCAGACAUCACAACACUCCCUGGUGACCAGACUACAUAGAGGACAUCACAACACUCCCUGGUGACCAGACUACAUAGAGGACAUCACAACACUCCCUGGUGACCAGACUUCAUAGAGGACAUCACAACACUCCCUGGUGACCAGACUUCAUAGAGGACAUCACAACACUCCCUGGUGACCAGACUUCAUAGAGGACAUCACAACACUCCCUGGUGACCAGACUACAUAGAGGACGUCACAACACUCCCUGGUGACCAGACUUCAUAGAGGACAUCACAACACUCCCUGGUGACCAGACUUCAUAGAGGACAUCACAACACUCCCUGGUGACCAGACUACAUAGAGGACAUCACAACACUCCCUGGUGACCAGACUUCAUAGAGGACAUCACAACACUCCCUGGUGACCAGACUACAUAGAGGACAUCACAACACUCCCUGGUGACCAGACAUCACAACACUCCCUGGUGACCAGACUUCAUAGAGGACAUCACAACACUCCCUGGUGACCAGACUACAUAGAGGACAUCACAACACUCCCUGGUGACCAGACUACAUAGAGGACAUCACAACACUCCCUGGUGACCAGACUACAUAGAGGAUAUCACAACACUCCCUGGUGACCAGACUACAUAGAGGACAUCACAACACUCCCUGGUGACCAGACUUCAUAGAGGACAUCAGAACACUCCCUGGUGACCAGACUACAUAGAGGACGUCACAACACUCCCUGGUGACCAGACUACAUAGAGGACAUCACAACACUCCCUGGUGACCAGACUACAUAGAGGACAUCACAACACUCCCUGGUGACCAGACUACAUAGAGGACAUCACAACACUCCCUGGUGACCAGACUACAUAGAGGACAUCACAACACUCCCUGGUGACCAGACUUCAUAGAGGACAUCACAACACUCCCUGGUGACCAGACUUCAUAGAGGACAUCACAACACUCCCUGGUGACCAGACUUCAUAGAGGACAUCACAACACUCCCUGGUGACCAGACUUCAUAGAGGACAUCACAACACUCCCUGGUGACCAGACUUCAUAGAGGACAUCUGGUGACUGCCUCCGUGCCCAUAUAGAAUGUUGCUGGCUGUCAAGUCAACGAUCAAUAGAAACACAAGGGUUAUUAAUAUAUCAUCAGAAAGACAGCGAUCAUUGAUCCUUCCACAGAAAGACGUCCCUAAUGAGGGAUGGAGGACAACGUUGAUGUCCAGGAGGAUAUUGAUUGGAUACAAAGGUCUAUGAUAGAUAUAGGUUAGCUUGCCAUUUAGGAUGCUAUUUAGGGUGCUAUUUAGGGUGCAUAUGUAGUGUGGAUAUAACCCCUCCCCACUCUAACAUGUGAAUCACAUAGAAAAGCUACAAAAUGUCAUUCUCCAUAUGAAAUGCGGAUGGUAUUUGAUCUGGAAAUGAUCUACACUGUAUGAAGUACGUAUUCAACAUUCUCUUAUGGAAGGUUCUCCAGGAAUCUGUCACAACAUUCUCUUAUGGCAGGUUCUCCAGGAAUCUGUCACAGCAUUCUCUUAUGGAAGGUUCUUCAGUAAUCUGUCACAGCAUUCUCUUAUGGAAGGUUCUCCAGGAAUCUGUCACAGCAUUCUCUUAUGGGAGGUUCUCCAGGAAUCUGUCACAGCAUUCUCUUAUGGGAGGUUCUCCAGGAAUCUGUCACAGCAUUCUCUUAUGGGAGGUUCUCCAGGAAUCUAUCACAACAUUCUCUUAUGGGAGGUUCUCCAGGAAUCUAUCACAACAUUCUCUUAUGGGAGGUUCUCCAGGAAUCUAUCACAAAUGUGAAUGGUGUCUAGUAGUGUUUCAUAUUUAAACAAGAGUUUCUUUGACAUUUAACACAAUGGAUAUUUCUUUGCACGUAGAUAGUCUAGGAUUAUGAAGGUAUAUACAUUAAAGGAAUGUACAGUGACCUCACAUAGAUAGUCUAGGAUUAUAUAGUGCACUACUUUAGACCAGAGCCCUGUUCCCUACAUAGUGCACUACCAGAGUCCUAUGGCCAACUAAGACACUUAGCUUCUGUAAAAUCUCUGCUUUACUGACUGGUGUUUAUUUAUAGCGUCUUCAUAUACUUGAAUUAUCACAGUUGAUUUAAUUGAAUGUUAGAAAGAUAUUUAUUUUUAUAACAUUGUGAAAAUUAUUAUUAUUAUUUUUUUUUUUAACUUCAGUUCAUUUUAGUAAAUACUUUCGUGAAACACUUAUUUUUCUUAAAAUUGCAUUGUUGGUUAAUGGCUUGUAAAUAAGCAUUUCACAUGUAUUCAGCGCAUGUGACAAAUAAAAUGUGAUUUUGAUUUGAAA